AUGGCAUGCAAUGAAGGCGAAGAUAAAAAAAUAGGAACCAGGGUGUUCAAGAAGACUAGCCCCAAUGGAAAGAUUACAACGUAUCUUGGUAAGAGGGACUUCAUCGAUCGAGGUGACUAUGUCGAUUUAAUUGAUGGUAUGGUGUUAGUGGAUGAAGAAACAGUUCGAGAAGGACGACGAGUGACGGCGACCUUGUUGGCUGCAUUUCGAUAUGGACGAGAAGAUCUGGACGUAUUAGGGUUGACCUUCCGGAAAGAUCUUAUAUCACAGCAAUAUCAGGUCUAUCCACCGAAUCCAUCACAAACGAAUAGGCCGCUUACACGACUACAAGAACGACUGAAACGAAAGCUCGGCGAUUUAGCGUUUCCUUUUUGGUUUGAGGUACCACCCCGUAGCGCUAGCAGUGUUACAUUACAACCUGCUCCUGGAGAUACUGGUAAGCCAUGUGGAGUGGAUUAUGAGUUAAAAACAGUUGUUGGAGGACCAGACUCAAACACUAGUGAUCGCCAGCGAAGGAACAGCAGUGUCCGACUAGCGAUUCGAAAGCUCACAUACGCUCCUUGGGAAGCGAGACCACAACCGACCGCGGAUGUGAGCAAGGAUUUCAUGAUGAGUGCUGGUCUCUUACAUAUGGAAGCGUCGUUGGAUAAGGAGAUGUAUUAUCAUGGCGAAUCUAUAGCUGUCAAUGUCCACCUCCAGAACAAUAGCAAUAAAUCAGUAAAGAAGCUAAAAAUCAGUGUUGUACAAAUCGCCGACAUUUGCCUCUUCACUACCGCAUCCUAUACGUGUGAAGUGGCCCGUGUUGAAAGCGCGGAAGGAUUUCCCGUUGGUCCAGGCGCUACCCUUUCCAAAGUGUAUUCUGUGUGUCCUUUGCUACGAAAUAACAAAGACAAACGGGGGUUGGCUUUAGACGGUCAACUGAAGCAUGAAGAUACGAACCUGGCCUCAAGUACAAUAAUGCAACCGUCUACAACAAAGGAAAGUCUUGGGAUUGUUGUAGCGUAUCGAGUGAAAGUCCGUGCUUCUAUUGCUGGACCACUUGGAGGAGAGUUGGUGGCAGAGCUCCCGUUCACUCUCACUCAUGCAAAACCAGCAGAAACACCAGAACGAAGGGAUCGUCCGAUAGCUAGUCGUUCUGCGCAGGGUAGUACUGGUCCUGAUCCAUUAGAAGUUGAUCUUAUACAAUUGAACGAGGAAAUCAAUGACCUACGUAUAGACGAUGAUGACUUGAUUUUCGAGGAUUUCACUCGCUUAAGGCUAAAAGGAGCAGAUUCAACAGACGAAGCAUCGCCAAGCGUACAACCACCAAGUCUAAUUUAA